CUUAUAAACCUAAAAAAGACGACAAAUACACUGAUAAAUCUUAGUAAUUUAAUUAAUUGCCCUUUUUUUUUCAUCUAUCUUGAAAGUUGAUUCUCCUCCACUUACCCAACCCGAUCCCCAAUUUAGUUUUAACAAAAAUAGAGACUACAAAAGACCUGCGAAUUGAGAAGUACUUGAAAUUAAUACCCCUAAAUCUAAGAGAAACAAAAGAACCCUAGGCAACGCAGAGUAGCGUUUGCCAACUCCUUCUCCUUUCUCACUUUGUUUUUGGGUCUCUGUUCGAUUUUGUCUUUACGUCUGCUUCAGCUUGGUGCUUCAAUUUUCUUCCUCCUCAGAUGAUGGAUGAUAAAGUUGUUACUGUGGAUGAUAAAAUUUUAGCAGAGAUUACUAUCCCAGAAAAUGUUGCCAAAGCAUUAUUACUUGUGUCAAACUCAUCUUCUUUAGAAAAUGCACUGGAGAAGCUGAUACAACUUGCCAAAGAGGAGGGUGGACGGUUAGAUCUGUCGUCCAAAAAUGUUGUCACCACUGUCCUCCAUCUCUGCCUGUCUCUGUCAUCUAUCUCUGACCGUCACCUCCUUUUAUUGUCUCUUAAGGUUCUUAGAAAUCUGUGUGCUGGUGAGAUAAGAAAUCAGAAUGAGUUUCUUCAACAAAGAGGAGUUGGAAUUGUCGUGGAUGUUAUUACGUCUGUAAGACUUACUCCUGAUCCUGAUUGUGAGAUUAUUCGAGUUGGGCUGCAACUUCUAGGAAACUACUCAGUGGGUGGGGGAGAGCGUCAAUGUGAUGUGUGGUACCAAUUGUUUCCUCAUAAGUUCUUGAAGAUUGCUAGAGUUAGAAGCCGGGAAAUAUGUGAUCCUUUAUGUAUGCUCAUAUACACUUGCUGUGAUGGUACUGAUGGACUGCUAACAGAUUUAUGUACGGAGCAAGGGUUGCCCAUUCCGAUAGAAAUCUUGCGUACUGCAUCAGCUGUUGGUCUUAAAGAAGAUUGGUUAAAGUUGUUACUCUCAAAACUUUGCAUUGAGGGUUCCUACAUUUCAUCAAUUUUCUUCAAAUUACAUUCAUAUCCUUCCAUUGAGAACAAUAGUGUUGUUACACAUGUAGCUGAUCAAUUUGUUAUUGAGCAGCCUUAUCUAUUGAGUAUACUUUCAGAAAUCUUGAAUGAGCGAGUAGAGCAUAUUGUUGUUUCUCAUGAUUUUGCUCUAAGUAUCUUUGGGAUAACGAAGAGUGCUGCUGUGGUCGUUGACUUUUCAAUAAGAGGGAAAAGUGGUCUUCCGGUGGGAUCUGCUCCUAUUGAUGUUCUAGGAUACUCCCUCACCAUCUUGAGAGAUAUUUGCGCUUGUGAUCACUUGACAAAAUCUAAGGAAGAAAAUUCAAAGGAUGUCGUGGACGCACUUGUUUCCUCUGGGCUUACUGGAUUUCUUUUGGACUUGCUUCGGGAUCUUGAACCUCCAAUGACAAUUAGGAAAGCAAUGAAGCAGGAUAAGAUCAAGGAGGGGACAGUAUCUUCUUCAUUUGGGUGUUGUCCAUACCAAGGUUUCCGGAGAGAUAUCGUUGCCAUCUUUGGAAAUUGUGCUUACAGGAGAAGGCACGUCCAAGAUGAGAUUAGGGAUAAAAAUGGGAUCCUUUUACUGCUACAACAGUGUGUUAUAGAUGAAGAUAAUCCUUUCUUAAGGGAGUGGGGAAUCUGGUGUGUGCGAAACCUAUUGGAAGGGAAUGCAGAAAACCAAGGGGCUAUUGCUGAUUUGGAGCUUCAAGGAACUGUAGAUGUUCCAGAACUUGUUAGACUUGGGCUUCGAGUCGAAGUUGAUCCCGUAACUCGACGUACAAAGCUUGUGAAUGCCCCAUGAUAUGUCAAGAGAUGAAAGUAAAAGUUGCCACUUCUGGAGUUGACAAACUGAUUGUUCAGGAGACUUGUUUCUUGGUUUGCUUAAGAUUGAAGGACAUGUUCAGGGAUGUUCAUAAGAGGGGAUUUCAUAUCUCUUUGUGGAUAAUCAGUGGGAGCUAGUGAUGGUCAUGCAUAUAGGUGCUCUUACUCUUUGAAACAAAGUACAUUACAAACAAUAGAGCUGGUGGAUUUGAUACCAAGGAAUGAAGAUAGUGUUGAAGUCGUGGAGGCACAGAGUACAUUACAACAACAAUAACAUAUAAUUUCUUCCGUUUGAAAAAUUGAAAACUUAAGUGCUGUAAAUAAAGGUCACUGUAUUUUAUUUCUGAAAUAGCUUUAAUAGAAAAGCUGUUGAGUA